CGUGUGAUUGUUUGACUAAGCUAAAGCCUCGGUGCUCUCUCUAUUCUCCUCUCCCUCUUCGUCGUCGUCUUCGUCGUCCUCUUCCCUUUGGGCUCUGAAGAAGAAGAAGAAGAGGUCGUCGCCGAGAGUGUGAGCUCCGCUGAGUUGCCAUGGGCACCCCCUUCUUCUACGAGCUCAAGAAGCAGGCCUCGUCCUUCCUCAAGGACAAGAUCCGCACUGCUCGAUUGGCCCUCACCGAUGUCACCCCCGCCGAGUUGCUGACGGAAGAAGCAACAAAUGGAACUCCGUGGCCACCGGAGACGAAGACGAUGGGAUUCAUAUCGCGCUCGGCAUUUGAGAUCGAUGAUUACUGGAGAAUUGUGGAGAUUUUGCACAAAAGGUUCUCAAAGUUCGAUCGAAAGCAUUGGAGAGAGCCCUACAAGGCUUUGGUACUUCUCGAGCAUCUCUUACUACACGGACCAGAGAGCGUUGCAGAAGAGUUUCAAAUUGAUAAAGAGUUUAUACAGGAAUUGGGUACCUUUCAAUACAUCGAUGAAAAGGGGUUUAAUUGGGGAUUAACUGUGAGAAUGAAAUCAGAAAGGGUCUUAAAACUGCUCGAGAAAGGGCCACUUCUUAAAGAGGAAAGGGAUAGGGCUCGAAAGGUCACUCGUGGAAUCCAAGGAUUCGGUAGUUUCAAUGUGCAUUAUUCACCUACCAAUAAUCAUAAUCCGAUUGAAAAUUCUUCGAAUUGCUAUGUGAGAAGCAAUUCGCACUACGAAGAUUACCCUACGCAGGAAGCAGUAGUCCUAGAUGAUCAAAAGGAGAGCUUCAAUACGAAUUCAUCGAUCCAUAAAGAUGAAUCAGGAGAAAGAUCAAUGGAAGAAAAUCUCAGUGAUAAGAGUUUGAAACCACAGGAGGAGACAGGAAGUGUUUUUCCUGUAAAGGGACUCAUACUUGAGGAGUCGAAACCACUCAUACCUUUCAAAGAAGUGAAAAAGACCGAGUUUCAAAAAGUACUUGGGUGGUCGAAACCACUCAUGCCUCGCGAAGAAGUGAAAAAGGUCGAGUGCUUUGAGUCGCAGUUACUUCUAAGUCAAAGUUGAGGAUGUCUGUUCAAAGAGUUUAAGGGAUAUGAGGCUUCAAGAAAAGCCAAUGGCACAAUAGCUUAUAAUUUGCUAAAGAAGAUUGUGGCGAAGGCUUGAAGCAGCUUCUGAAGAAUUUCAUGAAGUGCCAUUUUUAGGUUUGAUAGUAGACAUCGCGUCUGCAAUGUUACUUCUCUUGCAUAUCUCUGUAUCUGUAGACUCUUUUGUUGUCCAUGUUUCUGGUGUUGUUAAUGUGGGGCUUUUAGUUUGAAUAUCUAUAGAGAAAUGUGAACAAAUGUGUUAAGAUGUAUGCUGUGUUAAAAUAUAAACUAAUGUGUUUUGUUUUC